GUCCUGCAUCGAAGCUUCAGGACUAUUGAUAUUUAUCUCUGCAUGGAUUCUCUUAUGGCUUUGGUUCUUCCCAGAAACAUGUUACUGGUGGUGGUCCCUAUAUUCUUCUGGCUUUUGUGCAUUGAAAUGGAUUCUUGAACCAGAGCCAUGUGAACCUGGUCCACCUGUACCUCUCAUUGAAGACCUGUUAACAUCACCAGAGUAUGUUCAUUCUGAUACCCCUAUGGUAUGGUUACGACAUGCAUUAUCCCUGUCAGAUGAAGCCAUUAAAAGAGCUGCAUUGGCAACAAUUGGGCAACGAAACAACCCAAUGUGGCCGAUUGUAAGGAAAUACAGAAUAACAGCUUCCAACUUUGGUGCAGUUCUCAGUUCUAAGCAAAGGCGAUUGACAUUGUCACUGAAGAAACGGCUUAUGUCGGCUUACAAUCUGGAGUCCAUCAAGGCUGUUGCAUGGGGUAUCACUCAUGAAGAUGAUGCUUUGAGAAAGUAUGAAAAGGACUUUGAUGCAGCUGUAGAGCAGUCAGGGAUAUGGUUGCAUGAAUCCGGAGUGUUGGGAGCUUCACCUGAUGGCUUAGUUGUUUGACCACCAACAUGCAGUGUAUUUUAUCAAACUCCAGAAGCCAAAGACGCCAUUUCUGAUACUGUAGAGGUGAAGUGUCCAUACACAGCAUCGUCUUCAACAGUAGCAGAUGCAGCACAAAAUUUGAAGGAUUUUUUCAUAGGUCUUAAACAAGAUACCCUGUGCCUGAAAACCAGUCACCCAUACUAUCAUCAAAUUCAAGGCCAGCUACACAUAUGUAACAAAACAUGCUGCGACUUAAUUGUGUGGACAAGAGUAGACUGCAUUGUGAU